GAGAGAUAAAUAGACAGAGACAAAGAUAGAGAGACAGAGAGAGAGAGGGACAGAGAGGGAGAGAGAGACAGAGAGAGAGAGACAGAGAGACAGAGAUAGAGAGGGACAGAGAGGGAGAGAAAGGACAUGGCCCAGGACUUCACGGGUGUGUAUUCCCUGGUGAAACAAGAGAAUUUGGAUAAUUACCUCAAGGCUCUCGGUGAGAUGGAUAUCAUAUUGCCUCUGAGGAAGAUCGUGUGCCUGUUAAGUCCAGAGAAGGACAUCUGCCAUGAUGGGGAUCACAUGGUUAUAAAGACGCUAACCACCUUCAAAAACUACGUCAUGGACUUCAACAUUGGAGUGCAGUUCGAGGAGAACCUCGAGGCAAUCGAUGGUCGGAGAUGCCAGACCACCGUAUGCUGGGAUGGUGACCGACUGAUCUGCACCCAGGUGGGGGAGAAGAAAGACCGGGGAUGGACGCACUGGCUCGAGGGAGACAUCCUCCACCUGGAGAUGCGAGCUGAGGGUGUUGUGGCCAAGCAAGAGUUCAGGAGGAAGAAGUGAAGGCCCAAGGCUGGGCCCGUGAAGAUCUCCAAUCCCUGCCCGCCGGCCCCUUGACUCUGUAACACCCCGAGCCUUGGCUUUCCCCCCCACCCCGC